GGUUGCUACUAGCGCCCGGCUGUUGUGAAACAACAGGAUCACACAGUGAUAUUAAGUCCUAGUGGAAAGGCGGCAAGCGAAAAUACCGAAGUUUUCAAAUUCGUUUUAUAGAGUCAUCUCUAAGGAGAAGAACUGCAGCUGUGUCUUUGGGAUGAAUCAUCAGAUGACCUCAAACAAAGAGCGUCCCAGCUGCACCCCGACACCGUGCGCACGGGGCAAACGGCCAAUGCAUCAAAGCACUCUGACUCUUGGCGAUCAGACCCAAUCUAUUUACUCUACUACACACGCAGAGAGUUUUUCUGGGAGAGGCCUCGACGGUCAAGCGCUGGUCUUUCUGCCCCGACAUCCAUGUUAUCCCUCUCAGCAUGAUGGAAAGCUGGAGCUCAGUCACAUCCGUGUGUCACGAGGAGGACAGACACACUCCAGAGAUGUACACGGCCCGAAGGACAUCAUACCACAUUACAUCCUGCAUGGAGUGGGGUUACAGAACAGGACACAGAACAGUGAGGGGUUUGUGAUGAAAGAGGUCACCAACCCCGCUGAGGCCACACUGUACCAGACAACAUAUCAAACAGUGCACUGCACCACCUCCAAAAGAUAUCAAACAAAUGAGGCACGCGGACAGCCAGUCCGCUGGCACAGCCAUAAUAUUAUCACAGGAGAGGAGAAGGCAGCAGCUGGGCCCAGGCAGGUCAGAAGACAGUCUGGGGAGAGCAUUCUGUGGGCAGCUCGGCGCUGGGAGAUGCACAGCGACUCUUUUCAUUUGUACUAAACAUGACACCAAUAAACAAUGAAUAAAAUGAACUCAAAAUGACUCG